GCAGCGGCGGGGCCCGGGAGGGGGGCGGCGUCGGGGACCGGCGCGUAGCCGGGACUAUGGAGGGGCAGAGCGGCCGCUGCAAGAUCGUAGUGGUCGGGGACGCGGAGUGCGGCAAGACAGCGCUGCUGCAGGUGUUCGCCAAGGACGCCUACCCCGGGAGUUAUGUCCCCACCGUGUUUGAGAAUUAUACUGCAAGCUUCGAGAUCGACAAGCGCCGCAUUGAGCUCAACAUGUGGGAUACUUCAGGUUCUUCUUACUACGACAACGUCCGGCCUCUGGCCUACCCUGACUCUGAUGCUGUGCUCAUCUGCUUUGACAUCAGCCGGCCAGAGACCCUGGACAGUGUCCUUAAGAAGUGGCAAGGAGAGACUCAGGAGUUUUGCCCCAAUGCCAAGGUGGUGCUGGUUGGCUGUAAACUGGACAUGAGGACCGACCUGGCCACACUGAGGGAGCUAUCCAAGCAGAGACUUAUCCCUGUUACUCAUGAACAGGGCACUGUGCUGGCCAAGCAGGUGGGGGCUGUGUCCUACGUUGAGUGUUCUUCCCGAUCUUCUGAGCGCAGUGUCAGGGAUGUCUUCCAUGUGGCCACAGUGGCUUCUCUUGGCCGUGGCCAUAGGCAGCUGCGCCGUACUGACUCUCGCCGGGGACUACAGAGAUCCACUCAGCUGUCGGGAAGGCCAGACCGGGGGAAUGAGGGCGAGAUACAUAAGGAUCGAGCCAAGAGCUGCAACCUUAUGUGAGGGCUGCGGAGAUGAAAUUGUUCCCCUGCCUGCUCCUGGACCGUUUGGCCUCCUGACCCUGGCUGGAAGGGCAGGGCAGGCAGAGGAGCAUUCUGGUUGGAGGGGCUAGAGAACAGAAGGGCGUCGGCAUUCCCCAUAACCUCCUCCCCUUUCCUGCUGGUAGCUGAGAGAGCGAACAGGGUAGGCAUCUGGGGCAUGAACGUGAUGGGGCAGGUGGGUGUUCAGGAAGCCAGCAUCCAGCAAUGACUUUGGAUGAGUCUUCUAUAUAAAGUGCGUCUUCCUUUCUUGCCCUAGUUCCCAUCCCCUGUCUGCCUUCCCUAAGGAGAGUCUACUGGAUGACCUUCUCCCCUCUCCUCACUUCCCCAACUGUCCUCACAUACUCUAACCUCCAGGCAACAUGCACUAAAUUUUACAGCAAGAAGUCCUUUCCUACCAUCAACCCAGCUACUGGUUCUAGCUAACCCCUUCCCCAGCAGUGCGCAAAUAAAGCCCAUGACCAUGGAAAAC